AUUGGGCCGCCGAAUUGGGCUUUGUGUGGAGAGAGAAUGGUCCAAAUAUAGAAUGGCAGGAAACAGGUAGAUCUGUAGAAGCCCCGGAAAGGCAAAAGGUGUGACUCGGACAAUUUGAAUUUCGAAAUGAGUUGCCCGUUGAACCAAACAUCUGACCUUUCCGUCAAUACCCUUCCGUUUAACGGAUAUAUAACUUAGACGCUCUGCCCUGCCCCCUUUGUCAUUUGAACAUUUGAAAUCAGCAACCAGCAAAUCAAGAAACAAGAGAGAGAAAUGGAGAUGAUCGGAGGAGCGGCGAAUAAAGGAGCAUCGGCGAUGGAGGCGUUCGAGAAGCUGGAGAAGGUGGGAGAAGGGACUUACGGGAAGGUGUACAGAGCGAGAGAGAAGGCGACUGGGAAGAUCGUGGCCCUCAAGAAAACUCGCCUCCACGAGGACGAGGAAGGCGUCCCUCCCACCACUCUCCGCGAAGUCUCCAUUCUCCGCAUGCUCUCCAGAGACCCCCACAUCGUCAAGCUGAUGGAUGUGAAACAAGGGCAGAACAAGGAGGGAAAGACUGUACUCUACUUGGUGUUUGAGUACAUGGACACUGAUCUCAAGAAAUUCAUCCGCACCUUCCGUCAAUCUGGAGAGCACAUUCCGUCCCCCACCGUUAAGAGCCUGAUGUUCCAACUCUGCAAAGGUGUUGCCUUUUGCCAUGGUCACGGAAUUUUGCACAGGGAUCUUAAGCCUCACAAUCUUCUGAUGGACCGCAAGUCUAUGAUGCUUAAAAUUGCAGACCUUGGACUUGCUAGAGCUUUUACUGUGCCACUCAAGAAGUAUACUCAUGAGAUAUUGACCCUCUGGUAUAGGGCUCCCGAAGUUCUUCUGGGGGCUACACAUUACUCAACUGCAGUGGAUAUUUGGUCUGUUGGCUGUAUAUUUGCUGAACUUGUCACGAAGCAAGCACUCUUCCCUGGGGACUCUGAACUGCAGCAGCUCCUACAUAUAUUCAGGUUGUUGGGCACUCCAAAUGAGGUGGUGUGGCCAGGUGUAAGCAAGCUCAAGGACUGGCACGAGUACCCCCAGUGGAGUCCCCAAAGUUUGUCGAAGGCUGUUCCCAAUUUGGACGAGAUGGGGCUGGAUUUGUUGUUGCAAAUGUUGCAGUACGAUCCUGCAAAACGCAUUUCAGCAAAGACAGCUAUGGAGCACCCUUACUUUGAUGGUUUGAACAAGGAUUCUCUCUGAAGAAGCGCGAUGAAGCAUUUGUGGAUCGGGAUGGCUAGCAGAGAAGCGCUCUGUAAUUCUGAAGUUUAUUUGCUUUCCUCAAGCGCAUAUUUGGAGUUGUGCUAAAUCUUUAGGAUGGCUAACUAGUAGACUAAAGGAUUCUGUGUGGUGUGGUGUUUACAAUUUGCAAGUAGCUUUCCUCAAGCAUAUUUCUAUUCGGCUAGGACAUUGAUGUAACGUUUUGCUUUAAUGAAAACUCACGUUUUGCUGUA